AUGCCUAACCCAGACUUAUCUCUCCCGCCCAAACCACCGAUGCCUAACCUCAGCUCUCCAACUAGUUUAAGUCUUCCCCAGAAGCCUUCGACUGCACCCCAGCCUUACUACUUUACACCUUCAAGAUCGGCAGUAAGUCUCGACUCUCAGAAUCAUACCCGAUACUUGACCCCUGUGCCGUUUCCUACUCCAGAAACUUAUCAGCUGUCUCCACCCCCGGGCCUUUCGAACCAGACACUUCUUAGCUUCACACCACUUCAAGGUCUCCCUUCACCAUCAGUACUUCCGUUAGGCGGGGUUGCUGCCUUGCGUAACAUAACUCCGUCGCCUCAACUUCAGGCGCCUACAAAUGGCGCUGUUGCCCAGCGACGACGUCAGAGAAGGCGCGACCCGAGAAUGCUUCCUUCUCAACGCUCGCCAUUUGAUCAUUUUCCACGUCCACGCCCUACGGGAAAGACCCCUCCCUGGAGAACCAAUCGACGCAGGGCUUAUGUGAACUCGAAUCCGUUCCAAACCUUGGAGCAAUCUCGUACACCUCUGGAAAAUAUGUCCGAGCAUCAUAAACCACCUAAUGUGCCUAUUCGGUCAACAGACUUGCAAGAUCAUGCAGAUAGAAUAUCCUUUCUAAAGGCAGAAUACAACAAAGCCGUAAAUGUUGCAAAGCAGGAAGCCUCCAAGGGCAGCACCGACUACAUCCGCCAAUUAUUUGACUUAUAUCUAGACAAUGGCGUGAACUACCUCAGUGACGAGGAGCAGGAAUUGCUGUGCUGGUACAUUGAUCCCAAGAAGAAAGACCAUCGAGACCUGGUGUACCGCUUGGCAGAUCAGAUUCUAUGGUACAACCGCAAACCUUCACUUACUUAUAGACUCACGAAUUGGAUCCGUAGCCAAGACAGAAACCGCGAAGUCUUUAUUAGGUUGCUUCGCGAGCGUUUAAACUUGGCAGACCCCGACGAGGGACGUACGAUAAUGUCUCUAGAAGAAGUCAACGAGCUCAUGGACUGUCAGAUUGCCGUUGAUAGUUACAAGAAAUGGAAGGAGAAACACGAGGGUGGAAAAAAGGGCGAGAAGUUGUCUUGAAUUCAUUCGCCGCAGAAUAUCGUGGAGCGGUAAAAGAUACUCGCUAUUACUGCCAGUCUGCUAGCAAUAGGGGUACAAUCCUAUUGAGACAGAGACCCAACGAUGCUCGUUACGUAGGGAAGCUAGUGCACAUACGGCUAAAGCACAAUGCUCGGGAAUAAUAGUUGAGAAAGAAGAUUAGUGGUCGAAGGGUAGUAACAAAAUUAUGAGCAAUGAAUGAAGAAGAAUGAUUCACGACAAGGAUGGGUAGUGAUACAUGAAUUUGCGUGUGAUUUAUAGAUAAUACAAAGA